AAAAUGAAAAAUAUUGCUAUAAUAGGUGGUGGGGCAGGGGGGUUAGUUUCUUGCAAAUCAGUUUUGGAAAUUGAAGGUAAUAAUUAUAUACCAACGGUAUUCGAAAAAGAACCAAAUUUGGGUGGUAUCUGGGUCACAAAAAAUACAAAAGUUUGGAACUCAUUAAAAACCACCAUAAGUAAGCUAUCUUGUGUAUUCUCUGAUUUUCCCUUUGAAGAUGAUGAAGAAACAAAAGAUGAAUUCUUCUUAACACAACCACAACUAUACAAAUACUUAUAUCAAUAUGCAUUGCAUUUUGAUUUAAUUAAAUAUAUUCAGUUUAAUAGUAAUGUAGUAAAGGUCUUAAAAGAAGGAAAUGAUAAAUGGAAAAUUCAAUGGACCGAUACAACUGACCAAAGUGCAACACCGGUAUUAAAAGAAAGAGUAUUUGACCAAGUGAUCAUAUGUAGUGGUAUAAAUAAUAAACCAGCAAAAUUUGACAAAGAUGAACUACUUGAAGCAUUUACCGGAAAGCUAAUCCAUUCCAAGGACUAUAAAUCACCAGAAAGCUAUAAGAACAAAAGGGUACUUGUGGUUGGCAAUUCAGAAAGCAGUACCCACAUAUGCACAGAUCUAACAAACCAUGCACACAGCGUUCAUCAGCUAAUAAGAGGCCAAAAAGAUAAAUGGGUAAUUAACCGUGACGUUACUUUGACCCUUAAUAAUGGAGCCCAAGUAAAGAUGCCCAUUGACUUUGUUUUUUAUAUUAGAAACCAAAACUAUGAAAAUUUAUCACUGACCAACACAGAAUAUAACAAGUUUUUAAAUAAAUCUUUUCAAAAACUAUCAAAAAACAACCACGAAUGUGAACAACUUCAAUUUAAGAAAUCAUUCGAAAUGCCUCCAUACAGUAUUAUCACCUGUGAUGAAUACAUAUCCAAUAUAAAAUCAGGGAAGAUUCAAAUACUAAAAGGAUACUCUUUAAGUGACUGUAAAGGAAAAGUAAUCACCCUCGAAUCAAACUCACCAGAUGAAAAUGGAAAUAGAUAUUUUAAAAAUGAAUAUUUAAAAUCGUUAGAAUUCGAUGAUAUUAUAUUAUGCAAUGGUUAUAAUUUGGAUCUAUCUUUUUUAGAUACUGAAAUUCUUCAAGAUAUUGAAUUCAUUCCAGACGAUUAUAACCAACCAUGUAUAUUAUACAGAGGAGUUUUCCCAAAAAAUUUAAAAAAUAUUGCUUUUGUUGGUUUAAUAAAUACACCAUAUUAUACAACAUUGGAGCUAAUGGCUAGAUUCGCUUGUUUGGUAUUUAGUGGUAAAAAACAAUUGGCUGCAAAAGAUGAAUUUGACAUAAAUUUAAAAGAACAAUAUGAAAUUAGAUACAACUCUAUAAAAAACCAACAUUUUUCAUUUGUUGACCAUGUUAUACAUUCUGAUCAAUUGGCAAAAGAAAUUGGUUGUUUACCAGAUUUCGAUGAAAUUAAAAAAACCAAUACUGAACUCUAUGAAAUGCUAUGGAACGGUUUAUUCUGUAAUGCUUGCUAUAGACUUGUUGGUGAAAACUCCAAACCAUCAUUAUCAAAAAAAACUCUAAACUAUUACUAUAUGAUUUAUAAAAAAAUUACUGUAAAUGAAAAAUAUUAAUAAAAUAAAUAAAUAAAUAAAUAAAAAGUUUUUUAAAUUUUAUAUUUUAUAUUUU